AUGUUGACAACCACCACAUUUAAAAGGUUCCUUUGUAACACCAAAGUUGUUCUUAAUAAUAUAAAAUCAUCACAUCCACAAAAACCGGUGUCGCGUUUCAAUGCUAAACAUGGCAAACUGUUUUUCCUAAGCAAUUCUAUUGAUUUGCAAUCCUCCUUUACUGCAACCAAAAACCUGGUUAAUCCAACAUAUGUAUCACCAUUAUCUGUCCUAAAAUCCAGUAUUAUAUUACCUUUGUUACCAAAGAAUAAUAUUAGACUAUUUAGCAAUACUAAUUUACAAUCAAGAUCAUGGAACGUGUUCACAGCUUCUAAUCAAAAAUAUAUCAGCUUAAACAGAUUUCAAAGUUAUAGAAACGCCAACGGUAAUAAUUCAAAUAGUACACUAACGUUGACGCUUUUUGGCUUUGUAUUUAUGGGUGUUACAUUUUUUUCAACACCUUACUUAUUUGAAUACGUGCCACUAUUCACAUAUUUCAAAACACAUCCUAAAGAAAUGGUUUAUUCCAUUAUUGGGUUGAAUUUAGCUGUAUUCGGAUUAUGGCAAGUACCAAAAUAUUGGAGAUUUUUACAACGUUAUUUCUUAUUGGAAAAAGAUUUUGUGUAUAGUAAAUGGUCAUUGAUUGGAAGUGCUUUUUCUCAACAAGAGAUGUGGCACUUAGGGAUGAAUAUGCUAGCCUUAUGGUCAUUUGGUACUGGUCUGUCAGUUAUGGUUGGUGCCCCAGGUUUUUUCAGUUUGUAUAUGAAUGCUUCUAUGUUGAGCUCUUUGUUUUCUCUCUGGUAUCCCAAAAUAAUGCGCAUCGGUAUGUGGGGUGCUAGUUUGGGUGCCAGUGGUGCAUUAUUUGGUGUAUUUGGUUGUUUUGCUUAUUUGGUACCAACUGCUCAAAUUUUAUUGUUUGUCUUUCCAAUUCCGGGUGGUGCUUGGUUGGCUUUCAUGGGUUCUGUCGCAUGGAAUGCUGCUGGUUGUAUUUUAAGAUGGGGUACUUUUGAUUAUGCUGCUCAUUUAGGCGGUUCCAUAAUGGGUAUUUUGUAUGGUUGGUAUUUUAGUGAAUUAAUUAAAAAAGAACGUGAAAAAAGAAUGAGUUUAUUAAGAAAUUUCUUUUAG